CUAUUCUAAGUGCAGUGUUCGCAGAGUCAGCGAGUACAGCAGGCGUCCUCCAGUACAGCAGGCGGCGAUGUGCGCCGUAAUAGAAAAAACAUUUUCAGAAGAACAAGACUCUUGCAUGAUGGGGACACGCUUGAAGGUGCUGCGGGUGUUCAAAGAUCUGCACAAGACAAGAAGAGAUGUUUUUAAAGAUGAUGGCAGAGCUCUGACAGCUGCCAGGUUAAAAAUCAAUGAAGAAUUCAAAAAGAACAAGAAUGAAACCUCAGAAGAAAAUAUUAAAGAGAUGCUUAAAAUGGCCCGAUCAGUUGAGACCAUCCUUCGUGAAAGUGUGAUACAGGUUGAGCAUGUGGAGGAAAAUAAAAUCUUGUUGCGGCCCCGCAAAAGUCUCCUGCUGGAAAAUGUGCCAUACUGUGAUUCACCCAGGGAAAAGACAUGAUCCUGAUUUACUCCUGCUGAAACCAAUCACUUUUCUUCAGUGAUUUUCAUAUGCGACAGACCAAGGCACGUCUCUAAUAUUGGACAAGGAAACAAUCAUUCAUUCUUCAUUUCCACAAUAACCAUAAUAUACCAUAAUAACAUAACUAUAAUAACUUAUAUGUUGGUUCAAAGCUGAUGUGAUUGUGCUGAAUUAAAUGCAAUGAAUUGCAA